UACAGGAGAUGAGAAUGCGACAUAGUACAGGAGAUGACCAGAGAAUGCAGACAUAGUACAGGAGAUGGACCAGAGACUGCAGACAUACUACAGGAGAUGACCAGAGACUGCGGACACAGUAUAGGAGAAAUGACCAGAGAAUGCGGACAUAGUACAGGAGAUGACCAGAGAAUGCGGACACAGUACAGGAGAUGGACCAGAGACUGCGGACAUACUACAGGAGAUGACCAGAGACUGCGGACAUAGUACAGGAGAUGGACCAGAGACUGUGGACAUAGUACAGGAGAUGACCAGAGACUGCAGACAGUACAGGGGAUAACCAGAGACUGCAGACAGUACAGGAGAUGACCAGAGACUGCGGACAACAGUACAGGGGAUGACCAGAGACUGCAGACAGUACAG